UCAAUCGCUCUAUCAACUUCUCAACAUGCAGUUCUUCGUACUCGCCGCCUUGAUCGCUGUUGCCGCAGCCAAUCCCGUUUACCCAAGCCAAACUUAUCCGACUUCAUCUUACAAUAGGCCAUCGUACUCAGGUUCAACUUACGACGCCAGGGAAUACGUAAGUCCAAAUCCACACGCUUUCAAGUGGGCCGUCAAUGAUGGUUAUGGCAGCGACUACUCCCACUCUGAGAGCAGCGAUGGCCAAGUAACCACCGGCACUUACCACGUUCAACUGCCUGAUGGUCGCACUCAAAUCGUCAACUACAAAGCUGAUAGCUACGGAUACAAUGCUGAUGUCAAGUACGAAGGUGAAGCCAAGUACCCCACUUACUCCGGACGUUCUUACUCCGCACCAGCUUACUCUGCACCAGCCUACUCCGCACCAGCUUACUCCGCACCAGCUUACUCCGCCCCAGCUUACUCCUCACCAGCUUACUAA